CGAGUCAAAAAAUCAACCUAAGCAAUGAUUUCAUCCAUGUGCCCGUCUGUGUGUUUGUCUGUUCGAAGCAACUGUAAAAUUAUGCACACUUUGAACAUUGUGUGAUUCGGUGUGUACCACUAGACGGAGCACACUUUGAGAUUCACUGAAAAUCACAAAAGAAGAAUGUAAUGCACGCUGUCUUGAUGCUUCCAACCCUUUGCCCGUUUGAUAGCACACAUAGAACUUCUUUUAUGUCUUACAUAAACUAUUAAUAUGUGUCUAUUCCGUGAUAAGUUCUGCAAGGCUUCUCCUGUCUGGUUUGAAUUUUUUGAGCACGUUUUUAGAAACUAAAACCACCUCAAAAAACAUCCGGUGGAAACUCUGGCCUGACACAUUCAAGUCUGUUGGUGGAAAACUUGAGGUGACAAUGUGGCCAUCCUUGCGGUGUCAGCAGGUUGCACAUUUCUAUUUGUGUGAACCGUGUACUUGCACUGUUACCGUAUUCCGAUUUCAUUUCAUCCGGUUGAGGAAUCCAUUAAGCACUUUUAAAAUUGCAGUUUCAAAAGUCCAGUCACCCACUGUUUUGUCUAUUGUGGCAUUUCAAGAAAAAAAAAAAUUAAAAAAUGUAAUUGUCUUCGUUUUACGUCAAGUUUGACAGUUAGCUGAGACUGGCAUAAAACAGGUUGCCGCUUCUUUUUUGAACAAUACCCAAUAAUUAUCUGCUGAACUGCUGCUUGUUGUGAAAGGAAUCGAGUCAGCUGCCGCCAUCCAGCAUGCAUAACUCAAGUUCAUGCAAAUUUGGUUACUGUGUUGAAAAGUGUUAAUUUCAUUAAAAAACAAAUUGCCCAAAAAAAUGUUCCUGGGGUUUUUGGGGGGAGGCUGGAAUGGAUUAAUGGCGUUUCCGUCCAUUUCAAUGGGGGGGUGAUGUGGUCAUUUUACGCCACACGUCUUUCAUCAGGACACAUGAGGCCAUGCCCACUUUGGUUCUUUUGAUGACUUUGAUGGAUGACACCAAAGUGUUUUCUUCUUGACUCCUUUGCGUCAUUUGAAAGCAGAAUUUAGAGGAGCCGGUGUUGUUCAUUCACGAAGUGUGGCGAUCAUGACGCAUCGUCAUCAUCAAUGUGGUGUUUUCUCCUGGGCAGUGAUCCAUGACUCCUUCUUUUGUCUCCUGCGCCUGCUGCUAUUGAUGGGGCUGCUGCGGUCAGGACAGUGUCGCCCGGCCCAUGACGACGUCUUCUGCAAGGCGCUCAAGUCGGCUGUCCAUCAAAUAGACGCCAUCAGGGAGACCGCGGAGCAACUCCAACUCGUGCGCGACGAAGGGCUUGUGGAGGACUUGUUGGAUGUCAGACUACAAAGUCUUCCUGUCAUAUCGAUCACUGCUUCUCGCUUCCAAACAUGGAAGGCCAACAAAUAUCUGUCUCAGCUGUACAUGCACACUCUGGCCUUAAGAAUGCAUGUGGAGUGGCUCAAGGCAGCCACAGAAAGUGUCAGCUUGCCCUCCGAGGCUGCGGGGGCCGCCGGUGUUCACCUGCUGCAACUGGCCAGCCUCAUCAGGACGGCCCUGAUUCAGUUUUUAAUCAGGUCACUCGGAUCCCAGACCUUUCUUCUCCCACUCUGCCCCCUCCAUCUGGAAGACUACGACAGGGGUGACCAAGAGGGGCACCACUGACCCAGAUUGGGUAUCAAUUGGACAGAUGUGAGGCCAUCGGCAUUUGAUAGCUUCAUCUUUGCAGUUUGAGGAAGCAUAUCAUUCCCUUGCCCUUGGCUUGCCAAUUGAUAUUGGAGCAGCGUUGCAAAAUUGCCACCUGGCAAAAAGAUUUUCUGUCCUCGACUGCAGUUCUGUCCAUUUCCGUGUACUGCAGCCCUCCGGAUGGAUAGACUUUCACUGGCUUUGCGCAAAUGACAGCUCAAGGCGUUCGGUGUUUUCAUCAGUGGUUGUAGUCGCCACGGCGAGUUGCGUGGUUUAUUUUGAGAAACUUGCCAUGGAUAUUGUAAGUUGGAUUACAUGCUGAAAUUGUGCCUAUGCUGUCAAAUGCUGAUGGCCUCACAAACUGGCCGAUUGAUUCCUGAAACAAAAGAGAAUAAAGGAAGUGAGUCGUGACUUUUGGAAACACCCUGUUGGUUGAGAAAUGAGCAAGCUACAACUAAUUUUCACUGUACAGGCAUUGCCCCUGCCAACAUGGCUGCCACAUAGGCCCCGGUCUGCUACAGUAUCACUGUAAGUGGAACUAACGAUAUGGUCAUUUUAGUGAAGUUUUUAUCCCCCUUUCAAGCCACCAAUGAAAAUGCGGCCCUUAUCGGGCGAUCGCUAAAUCAUGAUACUGUGGGUCUUUUUGUGAAAACCAUCAAAAUCCUAUCAUACUACGCGCUAGCUAGCCCCCAUCGGAUUAUCAAAAUUUGCGGAAGAUGCUGUGUGGCUGUGUGAGAAACGAGAUAAUUUCUGGAUCUUCUGUUUUGGCUCCAACGUGGCGAUUUGACGUGAUCUUUUCGUAUAAAAGCAUCGUGACCUCCCAGGAUGACACACAUCGAUGACAUCACCGCAUAUCACCAGAAGUCUUUGCAGACGCCACAACUUUUUUUGGGUGAGUAAGCUGACCUUUUAUCGUAGUAUCAAGAGUUGUUUCAACUGCCUUCAAGCUCAUUUGGUGACAUUUUUGGAAAUGUUUGGCCUGUGAAAUAUACGACCCUAGCAUUGUAAUUUGAUUGAGCAGGGAAGAAGAGGAGGAGGAGGAGGAGGCUGGUGAUCAUUAUGCGUGGCGAUUGUUGAUGGCUUGAUUGUCUGCGUCCAGCUGCAUGGAGGAGGCAGGGAGGGAGUGGAAGAGAAGUCGGGGAGGAGGGGGGGUUGGGGAGCUGAGCAGACUCACUGACGCCAGGCUCGGAAUUCUCCCAUCCAUUGAAAGAGAGAGGCGAUUGUGUCCGUGCUCUUUGCAGGGCGAGCACCUGAUCCCGCGUGUGCGCAUGUGCGUUGAGUCAGUCUGAGACAGUCUUGUAUGAAGUACCUGAAAGUGAUACUUGUGUUUUAAAAAAAAAAAAAAAAGGAUCUUUAUAGAAUGUAACUUUGGUCGGGGUUAAAGUCACAAGCAAGUUGUCUGCUUCAAAACAAUUUGCUGAGUUGACUUAUAUUUUUAAGAGUGGUUGCACAAUGCAAGAGAGAACAGUUCUGUAAAAAAAA